AUGUCGAAGCAAAAAUGGUUUCCCCUGGAAUCAAACCCUUCCUUGAUGAACGAAUACGUAGCCAAGCUCGGAUUCAACACGGAUCUUUACGAGUUCGUUGACGUUUUUUCUACCGAAGACUGGGCCUUACAGAUGAUACCACAACCGGUCGUUGCCGUUCUUAUGCUGUACCCCCUUACCGAAAAGCAAGAAUCGUUCUACGGCCAGGACAAUCUCGCACCGCAAGAUAUGGAUAAAGUCUGGUUUACAAAACAGCGCAUCGGGAAUGCUUGUGGUACCAUUGGCCUUUUGCACACACUGCUCAACGUCCCCGAGCCGCUACGAAUCUUUCCAUCUGAUUCUUGGUUACACGGAUUUUUAGAAGAUUGCCCCAAUCCACUGGAUCCCGUUCGCAAAGCCGAGAUUCUCGAACGCGAUGCCAAAAUUGCCAAGCUCCACGAUCAAGCGACUUCGGCGGAAAACAACCAAACUGAUCGGGGUAAUCUCGACGAUCAGCUUGUCACUCAUUUUGUGGCACUUGUCAACGUGAAUGAUCAACUCUACGAACUCGAUGGUCGUAAAGAAGCGCCCGUCGCGCACGGACCGACGACAUCGGCGACGUUGCUGGCGGACGCCUGUAAAGUCGUGCAGACCUUUAUGCAACGGGAUCCCGAUGAAGUACGGUUUACAAUCCUCGCGUUGGCGCCAAAGCAAGAAUAG